UAAAAUUGAAAAAUCAAUUUGCUGUCAAAAGCAAAAGUACAAAGAUGAUGCCAGCAAACGGAUUGGAUCACAAGGGGAUGCUCCUUCCUAAAAAAGUGCUUAAAGCCAGAGAGGGCCUCUACUUCUCUGCCAUUGCUCUGUCAAUGUGGGACAACAUCCAUGGGCCCAAGAUCCUCCAAGUAUGGCAGGGUCCUGGCAAGAAGUCCAGAAGUCAGGACGACAAAGCUACCCGUACCCCUGUGUCCGAGGAAGAGAUGUGCGACCUGUCAUUGCUUGAGGAUACUCUUACGUCGCCCACUGACCUCACUGAUGCCACCCUCCUCUCAGUUGCUAACUACACCCUUAACGACGAAGCAGCCAGGGCCGAGAGCAUCUCUGGAAUAGAGUCAAAAUUCUACUCUCUGGCAAAGCUCAAGCUCAUUGUGUACACGAGCAUCUUCUGUGUCACGAUUGACGCUGUAAAGGGGAAGACAGAAGUAUUCUCCUUUAUGCUGCUUUUGCCUAUGAGUGAAACAUCCGAAUUUCUUGCCCGGUACUCUUUCUGUGAGAUGUCACUGCAGAAGCUCUUGCAGGAUUUUCUCAUCACACCUCUAACAGAUUCCUUUAAGGAUAAAAGAGACUAUGCUCGAGGGUCUGUACAAUUGAGAGUGGAUGGUGUACUAGAAAACUUCGACCAACCUCUUCUGAAGUUCACCCAGGCCAUGCUCAGUCUGAAACAGAAUCCUUUGCCAGACAAUAUCAAACUUACUGACACAUACCUUGGGAAGGAUUCUGGGAAACCUGAUAUCAAGGGUCUCCUAACCCCAGCUAUCACCAGUCACAUUCAGACGUCAGGGUAUACGAUUGUUCUUGGUUCUGACAGAGAAGCAAUAAACAAGAUGAUCCUGACACUGGGACUGUUCCUCUCGGCUAAGGAGCGUAUGAUGAGUCGCCUCGUGUCUGAGAGGGUGGAGGGGGAGGACCAGCCCCACUAUGAACCACACCUCUUCUUGCAAGGACUUGUCUGGACUACCAGGAAGAGCGUCCCCUUCACAAAGCUGGACCUGUACCAGAACAAAUUGCCCCACACCAUCAUAUACCUUGAUGACAAGCACGUCAUGAUGGUGGAGUCUAAAGUGAACGUGUUCAUUGGGAGGAAAGAAGACAGUGUCGAGCUUACAGAGAAAAAGAAUCAGCAAAAAAUUGGGGACACAACCAGCUUAAAAGAAUUCAAGGAUGUUGAGAAAGAGAUGAGCUCGCCCCUUGUCAAAGAAUUUCUUUCAAAUCUGUGGAUGCUGAACACUGUGGGGGGUCAGAGGGAGACAUUCAUCGCUGGGUUCCUCAGAUUACUGAAACUGAAAGCACUAGCACUUGCAAAGUAUCUCGACACUGACACUGGCAAACCUGUGUUCAAUUUGGAGACAGCUGCUGAGAUGCUGGCACUGAAACCUAACCCAAAUACUACAGAAAAGACUGCAAUAAACUUGUCUACCCUGCAACAUGAUCUAGCCAUCGAAUGCUUUGGAGACCUACAUGUUAUUCUGGCAUUUACCGAGAAGAUUAGACCAAGAACUUAUAUUGAUGUGCUGGGUGAUCCUCAGUUGGACAAUUUAGCUGUCAUCCAUGAAUUUGCGUCUUUGUGAGUCUUUAUAUUUGGUGUGAUUUACGUGUUUGUGUUAUGCUGCUAUUUUGAGCCAGCAUAAUAAUUUUAUAGAAUAACCAAAAUAAUGUACCACUAACGUUAGUCACUUACAUUAAUGAAAACAUUAGACUAUAAUUAUGUA